UUAUCCCCUCCAUGCAUGGUGAAUGCUCAAUUCCAAAAAGAAAUGGGUUGGCUAUUGAAAACUAUUUCCUCCAUUGAUUGGGAGUCCGAAUCCUUCCCUCUUUACCAAGAUUUGUUGGCUAUUCCUUUCUUCGUUCUCUUCUUUCCAUUGAUUCGCCUCAUUCUCGACAGAUUUAUCUUUGAGGGUAUUGCGAAAAGACUGAUAUUUGGGAAGGUCCAUCAGAAGUUAGAUUUUGAAACCGGUGUUAAUAGGAAGAGGAUUAAUAAAUUUAAGGAGUCGGCUUGGAAAUGCGUAUAUUAUUCAUCGGCCGAGUUCUUCGCUAUAUAUGUAACUAUUGGCGAACCAUGGUUCACUAAUACAAGAAGCUUUUGGUUAGGACCUGAUGAGGAUCAGGUUUGGCCAAACCUAAAAAUGAAAUUCAAAUUGAAGGCAUUAUACAUGUAUGCUGCUGGAUUUUAUGUAUACUCCAUAUUUGCGUUGGUUUUUUGGGAGACGAGGCGCUCGGAUUUUAUGGUAUCAAUGGUUCAUCAUCUUGCAACCGUCUUUCUCUUGGUCAUGUCAUAUAUAGUGAGACUUUCUCGCGUUGGUUCAAUUAUUCUUGCCUUGCAUGAAGGAACCGAUGUUUUUCUAGAAGUUGGGAAAAUGUCCAAAUAUAGUGGUUAUCAAAGGAUUGCUAACGUUUCAUUUGUUAUGUUUGUUCUAUCAUGGUUGAUACUCCGACUUAUAUGUUUUCCAUUUGGAAUACUUUGGAGUACGAGCUACGAAGUGGUUAAUGUCUUACAUGAGAAAUCGGGUUAUGGAUCUGUGCCAUGGGUGCAAUAUUCCGUGUGUAAUUGUCUUCUAGUGUGCUUACUCAUUUGUCAUAUUUAUUGGUGGCGAAUAAUGUUUCGGAUGCUAACAAAACAAAUCCAAUCACAUGGCCAAAUUAGCGACGAUGUUCGAUCUGAUUCCGAAGGUGAAGAUGAAGAUGAUCAUGAAGAUUGAAUACAAUGCAUUGCUUAAUUACUUCACAUAAAUAUAAAUAUAUAUAGUAUUAAUGUAGUAAUAAUAUAUAUGUAGUAUUAUUCACUGUCUUUGAUUUUCUUCUUUUAUCUUAGUCUUGCAACUACAUGAAUGUAGUAAUAUAUAUAUAUUAAUAUUACAAAUUUUGAUGAA